UUGCUCAGAAAAUUUGACCUGGUUUAUAUAGUUUCUCAGCUGCGCACGGACCAGGAUGAUCACGUUCUCUGAGUCAAGAUGAUUUCGCGUCAUUCUCGCGUCUGUUACUUGGUUUCUGAUGGCUCAAUUCACGUCGUUUCUUUUCCCUUAUAUCCAGGAUGGCCACGAAAUCGAGUUGGAAGGCGACACUGAAUGAGUUGAUUGCUGGUAGCGUCGGAGGAGCAGCUCAGGUUCUCGUGGGGCAUCCUUUGGAUACAGUCAAGACUCGAGCACAGAUCGCUCCUAAAGGCAUGUUUAAAGGACCAAUGGAUAUAAUAGCUCAAACCGUUAGAAAGGAAGGAUUCUUCGCGUUAUAUAAAGGAAUGGCCAGUCCCCUUCUCGGUAUAGCAGGCGUCAACUCGUUACUCUUCGCGGCUUACGGCGUUUCAAAAAGGAUCGUAUCACCCUAUCCACAGCUAUCGCUACCAGAAACUUCUCUGGCUGGCGCCAUGGCCGGAGCAGCGAAUACUAUUCUUGCUAGUCCGGUGGAAAUGUUCAAGGUCCGUAUGCAGGGACAGUACGGUGGUGCGCAAGAUAAACGGUUGAGUGCAGUAGCUAGGGAAAUGUGGAGUCAGUGGGGAUUUAGAAAAGGAGUUAUGCGUGGCUAUUGGGUGACUAUGGCUCGAGAAAUACCAGCUUAUGCAGGAUUCUACACUGCAUACGAGUUUUCCAAGCGCAAAUUCGCAUCAAUAUACGGCUCCGAAUUACCUGUCUGGGCGUUGUUGGCUAGUGGGUCCACUGGCGGGAUCGCGUAUUGGUUAUCUUGCUAUCCAUUAGAUGUCAUAAAAUCUCGCGUCCAGCUUCGACAAACGCCGCCCAUAGGCACUCCGGUGCAGUAUAUCGCUCAUGAAGCCAAGACCGUCUUAGCGGAAUCCGGAUUAAAAGGACUUUUCAGUGGAUUGACGCCUUCUUUAAUACGAAGUAUACCUGCUGCUGCGAGUACAUUUGCUGCUUUUGAAAUUACACGGGAAUACCUCGCAGAGUUUACUGGCGUUUAAAGAGCAACAGUCGCUUUUACAAGCAGUUUAUGUACCGACAGCUUCUCGUCGCGUC